AUGGAUGGAAAUCGACGGUUCGCAAAAACGCACAAUCUGUCAAUUGAACGAGGCCAUCGCCUCGGGGGAUCCGCACUGGAGAAGGUCUUGGGAGCCUGCUAUCUCGCCGGGGUCAAAAUCCUCACGGUAUACGCGUUCAGCACUGAAAACUUCCAGCGGCCGAGAGCACAAGUCGAUGCGAUAAUGCAUCUACUCCGGGAGCAAAUCGCCCGAUGUUCUGCUCCCGGCGGGCUCGCGGAGCAACUUGGUGUUGCAAUUCGCGUGCUGGGCCGCUUAGACCUAUUAGACGACGAGACUCGGGGCGCAGUCAUGAAGGCGGUUGAUACGACUCGCGGAGGGAACCGACUCAUACUGAACCUAUGUGUGGCGUACUCAUCGCGCGACGAGAUGACGAGAGCCGUGAGAAGGAGCGUGGAGGAGUAUUCUCAUCCUCGUUCCCCAUCGCACCCGGAAACGGCCCUCACAGCGCAAUCGCUUUCGGACAAGAUGUACACGGCAGACAAUCCGCCGGUGGACAUCUUGGUCCGAUCGUCCGGUGUGUAUCGCCUGAGUGAUUUUCUGCUCUGGCAGUGCCACCAGGCCACUCAUAUUCAGUUCUUGGAUACUCUGUGGCCUGACUUUGGGGCCUGGGAGCUCUUCAUGGUGUUGCUGAGGUGGCAGAGAAUGAGAGCGACCACCGGAAGGAGCCGUGCAGGCGAUGCGCAGGCGAUGGUCAGCUGCUACAUCUCGCCAGGUGUUUGUGUCUUGCUGGCUCUCUUUUCGUUUUUUAGUGCCGUGUCAUACUACCUGGCGAUUGUAUGA